GCUUCGCCAACCAUCAAGGCCAAAGCUUCUCCGAAAAUGAGUCCCAAGGCAAACCCCAAGCUUGCAGGGUCCAAGCGGAAAAUCAAUGCCGUGGAUGCGGACGAAGCGCCUUCAUCGCUUGCCGUCUGCAAAGUGUCUGAUAUCAAAGAAAUAUCGGAUGCCAGUCGGGAGGCACUCCUGACCAAAAACAUCACAUCGUUGUUUGAGAUCCAGCAGAAAGCCUUCAGCCCAUGCUUCAAAGGCUUGGAUGUGGUUGGCCGAGCAAAGACAGGCUGCGGCAAGACUUUGGCAUUUGUGCUGCCAGUGGUGGAGCGGAUUCGUAGCUUUUCAAACGCAUCUUGUAAGAAAACGCCUUUGUGUACUACCAUUGCGCCGACACGGGAGCUUGCAAGACAAAUCUUCAACGACUUCGAGCUUCUUGGAAAAGCGUCAGGUCUUGUGGUGAAGUGCUUCUAUGGCGGAACGCCAUUUGGGCCCCAGUGCGAUGACCUGCGCAAAGGCGUGCAUGUCCUGGUUUGCACACCAGGACGCCUGCUUGACCAUGUUCAUCGCAGCAGCGUGGAUCUAUCAAGCUGCAAGACAUUGAUCUUGGAUGAGGCAGAUGAGAUGCUGUCGAUGGGCUUUCAGGAAGACAUUGAAGCCAUCAUGGACGAAUUGCCCAAAUCGGAUUGCCAAAAGUUGCUGUUUUCAGCGACCUUGCCGACAUGGGUGAAUGCCAUCGUGGAGAAGCACCUGGCAAAACCUACAUGGAUUGAUGUGGCACACGAUCCGCAGGGCAACAAAACCAACAACUUGAUCAAGCAUCAGUGUGUGCAGUGUGCACCAAUGAUGAAGGGUGACUGCAUUGGCGACUUGUGCAAGAUCCAUGCCGGUGCUUUUGGAAAAACCAUAGUCUUUGUGAACACGAAGAAAGAAUGUGAUGAGCUUGCUGGAAACGAGAAGCUGCAGGCGAUUGGCGCUGGUGUCUUGCAUGGAGACAUUCCACAACAUGCUCGUGAGAAAACCAUGGAUGGAUUUCGGUCUGGAAAGAUCCGGUGCCUUGUGGCCACAGAUGUAGCGGCGCGAGGCAUUGAUGUCCCAGCGGUGGACCUCGUGGUGCAGACAAGGCCCCCGCAAGAUUUCGAGGCCUACGUGCACCGCUCAGGCCGUACCGGGCGAGCAGGUCGCAAGGGAACAUCUGUGACGUUCUAUUCGCGAAAUGAGGAGUACCUUGUCAAGCUCAUCGAGCACAAGAAAGGGAUCAAAAUGCAGCGGGUGGGGCCACCCCAGGCUCGAGACGUUGUGGCUGCAGCCGCCGAAGAUGCCGUGCGGCAGAUUGACACAGUACAUCAGGCAAGCGUGGAGGCUUUCACCGACAGGGCCAAGGAGCUGAUCGAAGAACGUGGUGCUGAAGUUGUCUUGGCAGCUUCUAUGGCAGCACUCACAGGACAUUUCCGGGAGCUCAAGGGGCGCUCGCUUCUUUCUUCAUAUGAAGGUAACACGGCCCUCCUCCUGGAGUCAGAGCGCGUCAUCGAAACUGAUUCAAAAGGCUGGUAUCUGCUACGUCAGAUGUUGCCCAGGGAGCUCGCAGAGGCAUGCCGCGGAUGCAAGCGAUGCAAGGACAACAAGAGGUGCAUCUUCGAUGCCCCAGACAACAUUGUGCCCAUGAUUCUCGAGGCGCCACUUUGGAAGGGGAACACGAUCAAAGUCGCCACCGAGCUGCCGGAACUCGAUGAGCCCGAAACCGAUAUCCACGAAGCCAACCAGAGGCUGAAAGAGUCAAAGCAGCGCUUCUGGGAAAAGAGGAAGGGCAGCGGCAAGGAUGGACGAAGCGAUGGAAGAGGUCGUGGGCGAGGUGAGGGCAAAGGAGGCAAAGGAGGCAAAGGUGGCAAAGGCGACGGCCGCGGAGGACGUGGUAGAGCCCAAGGGGGCCGCGGCGGAUCUCGCGGGAGAGGGCAUUAG